AUGCCCAAGAUCGCCAGUGUCGAAAUCGACACCCCCGCCAAGAAGGGCGAGACCAAGAUCAGGCGCUCCUACCGGGCGCCUGAUCGCAUGCUCGAGCGUCCCAAAGAGGGCAUCAACACCAUGGCCGAUGUUUUCGCGAGCGCCCUCGAACGCUUCCCCAACCGACCCAUCAUGGGCUGGCGAGACCUCGUGCGCAUGCAUGACGAAGAAAAAGAGAUCACCAAGAAGGUCGACGGCAAGGACGUCAAGGAGAAGAAGACAUGGCAGUACUACGAGAUGUCCGACUACAAGUACCUCACCUACAAGGAGUUUGACGAGCGCGUUUCGCACGCUUCCAGCGGUCUGGUCAACCUUGGUCUCUCCAAAGACACCCGUUUCAACAUUUACGCCGCUACCGCCAUCAACUGGCAGAACAUGGCUCACGCUUGUUUCCGUCAGAGCAUCCCCUUCUGUACAGCUUACGAGACCCUCGGCGAGGAGGGUCUGCAGCACUCGCUCGUCGAGCCCGAUGUCGUCGGUAUCUUCACCAACGCAGAGCUCCUCCCCACGCUCGCAAACGUCAUUGACAAGGCGGAGACCGUCAAGUAUGUCAUCUACGAUGGCAAGCCCGACGAAAAGCACAUCAGCAAGGUGCGUGACGUCCUCAGCAAGCGCGACGGCAAGGCGCUCACCAUCGAGGAGCUCUGGAAGGAAGGCAAGGCCAACCCCGCCAAGCCCAACCUUCCCACCAAGGACAACGUCGCCUGCAUCAUGUACACCUCCGGUUCCACUGGCGCCCCCAAGGGUGUCAUUCUCACCCACGAGAACCUCGUUGCCUCGAUUGCCGGUGUCGAGGUCCAUAUCGGAGACCUGCUCAAGCCCGAUGACACGUUCCUGGCCUACCUCCCCCUCGCCCACAUUCUCGAGUUCAUCGUCGAAUGCUCUUUGAUCUACGUCGGUGUCACUAUGGGCUACGGUAAGGUUAAAACGCUCACCCAGAACUCGGUCAAGAACUGCGACGGUGACAUCAAGGCCUUCAAGCCCAGUGUCAUGGUCGGUGUUCCCGCCGUCUGGGAGCUCAUCCGAAAGGGUAUCUUGGCCAAGGUCGAGGCUGGAGGAGCCGUCAAGAAGUCCGUCUUCAACGGAGCUCUGACCAUCAAGAAGAACAAGCUCCCCCUUCUGACCUCGGUCGUCGAUGCAGUGGUCUUCAAGCAGGUCAAGGAGCAGACCGGUGGCCGUAUGCGUCUUGCGCUCUCGGGUGGUGCUGCGCUGUCCAAGGAGACGCAGGAGUUCCUCUCCAACGCUCUCGUCACAGUUCUGCAGGGCUACGGUCUCACCGAGUCGUGUGGUAUGACUGCCAUUCUGCAUCCCGAAUUCUACUCGUACGGUCCUUCCGGUGGUAUCGUGCCUACCAUCGAGUGCAAGCUGCGUGACGUGCCCGAUGCCGGCUACUUCUCCACCAACAACCCGCCUCAGGGUGAGGUGCUCAUUCGCGGUUCUUCCAUCACCAAGGGCUACUUCAAGCGCGACGAUGCCAACAAGGAGGCCUUCGAGGAUGGCUGGUUCCUCACCGGUGAUGUCGGACAGUGGAACAAGGACGGUACCCUCCAGAUCAUUGACCGAAAGAAGAACCUCGUCAAGCUCUCUGGCGGUGAAUACAUUGCCAUUGAGCGUCUCGAGAGUGUCUACAAGUCGUGCAACCUGGUGUCCAACAUUUGCGUGCAUGCCAACAGCGACGCCAAGCAGCCCAUGGGCAUCAUCUUCCCGCGCGAGGACAACCUCAAGGCGGCGAUCAAGAAGGCGGGCAUCCAGGAGGCCGAGCUGGACGAGCUGUGCAAGAACAAGAAGGUGGCCAAACUCGUCAUGGACGACGUCAACGCGGCAGGCAAGAAGGCCGGCUUCAAGAGCCUCGAGAUGCUCCAGUGCGUGCUGCUCGUGCCCGAGGAGCUCGCCAUGACCGCCGCCCAGAAGCUCUCCAGGAAGGACAUCCAGAAAAAGUACGAGGACGACAUCAAGAAGGUGUACAUGUAG